CCCAAUUUUUAUAGGAUUCUACUGUUCCAUCCGGGGAACUGAUUGAUUUGGGGGACUUCAAGAUUAACCCAAAUCUUUGACUUUCUGGGUAAUCAACAAUUUCUAUUUUUAAUACCGACUCCGGCUUCAACACGUCCAUCUACUCCGGCUUUCAAACUUUAGCUCACCACAACGCACCGUCGUGGCUCAUUUACAUCAAAUUUCACCCAAUUAUUGAUGGGUUGAUUGAUUUUACUCGAUUUCUCAUCUGGGGUUUGCAGUUCUCCUUUUGUAGAUGGAUCAGCUCUCAUAGUUUAAACUUUCUGCAAUCAAUGAUCAUGUUGUUGCGAAUCACAUAUCUCGUUUUUCUGUUGAUUAGGAUCCAAGGGCAACAGAAGGUGAAACUAUAGAAUAUGGGUCCUGGAGGUAAUAUUUAUCAGGAUGUUACUGAAUCUCGUGGUGAUUAUGGUGUUAAAUCUUCGAACAUGGAAGGACGGAGUUGCCUGAGAUUAUGUGUAUCGGGUGGUGGAAGGCAGGGAAUGGCGUCAAAUAGUGCGGUUCACGAGCUACUCGAGUGUCCUGUAUGCCUAAGCAUAAUGCACCCUCCUAUUCAUCAAUGUCCAAAUGGCCACACGAUAUGUGUUGUUUGUAAAUCUAAAGUGCAAAAUAGCUGCCCGAUAUGCCGCCAAGAGCUUGGGAACAUACGGUGUUUGGCGUUGGAGAAAGUUGCAGAGUCGAUAGAAUUGCCAUGCAAGUACCAUUAUUUGGGGUGCCAAGAUAUUUUCCCAUAUCAUACUAGGAUAAGACAUGAGGAGAAUUGCAAAUAUCGUGGCUAUAAUUGCCCUUAUGCAGGCACAGAAUGCUACGUCAAGGGUGAUAUCCCGUUCCUGGUUGCACAUCUCAAGGCUGAUCACAAUGUUGACAUGCACGAUGGCUCCACUUUCAACCACCGAUACGUCAAACCCAAUCCUCACGAAAUUGAAAACGCUACAUGGAUGUUGACAAUUUUCAACUGUUUCGGGUAUCAAUUCUGUUUGCAUUUCGAGGCGUUUCAUCUGGGUAUGGCACCUGUUUACAUGGCGUUCUUGCGUUUCAUGGGGGAUGAAAAUGAGGCAAGCAAAUUCAGCUACAGCCUUGAGGUGGGAGGGAAUGGGAGAAAGCUAAAAUGGCAAGGGGUGCCGAGGAGCAUUCGUGAUGGUCACAAGACGGUUAGAGAUAGUCUAGACGGAUUGAUCAUAACCAGAAAUAUAGCAUUGUUCUUUUCCGGCAGUGAUAGGCAGGAGCUGAAGCUGAAAGUGGCCGGCCGGAUAUGGAGAGAACAGUCUUGAUUGAUUCUUGAGUUAAACACCACCACCACCACCACCACCGUACACAGCCAUGGCCAUGUUUUUUUGGUUUUCCUCUUUUUGUGAAAUAGCAAAAGAAAGAAGGGUGGUCUGAGAGAGUUUAUACAUGUCUCUCUCUGUGUUUGUAAAGGUUUAGAUUCAGGUUUGCAGGCUUAGUUAGUACCUGUCAACAUUUUUGCUUUCUGGAGUUUAAAGCAAGAGCUAACUUUGUUCCA